UACUUUCUUACUUUUGUGCAUCGGUAGAAUGUCAACGGUGAAAAUAUUUGUUGCAAAACCACUUUUGAUUAUCUGACAACAUUUUCAAUCAAGCUCCGACCACGCAUACCUUGCUGAUCUGAAGACACAUAAAAUGCUGGAUCCGACAAUAAAACUAUAAACUAAGUUUCAAGAGCAUAAUGGCAGAUUUCUAAAAGUCAUUCCCCUUUCCUUGUCUCUGUCCUUGACAAAGGUUAACAUGUUUCACCCACGGGUCCACGCAAGAAUAUAAAUUGAAGAGUCUUUUCCUCAACUAAAUCCAUUGGCACUUUUCUACUGUCGUCGGCCUGGAGAAUCGUCUCAACAAAUUAUUCAGAAUGCAUAUGCAGUUUUGUUUGUCAUUGCUUCUCAUUUCGUCCUCAUUUGCUAAAAUUGAGUACCCUCAAGUGAGACGGGAUGAUUCUGUGGUCGAUUCGUACUAUGGAGUCCAAAUAAAAGAUCCAUAUCGGUGGCUAGAAAAUCCAGAUUCGGAGGAGGUCAAAAAAUUUGUCCAUAGUCAAAACGAGGUAACGAGAAGCUACGUUGACCAACCCAUUCGAUCAGAAAUUCUCAAGACUUUGACGACUGCAUAUGACUACACGAGAUAUAAAGUCCCAGAGAAGCAUGGAUCAAGCUACUAUUUCUAUAAAAAUACGGGGACACAAAAUCAAGACGUGUUUUAUGUGCAAGAUUCUUUAACUUCUGAACCUCGUGUAUUCUUUGAUCCCAACGCUUUAUCUGAGGAUGGGACCGUCUCCGUGUACGAUUUUAGCUUUUCUGACAAUGGAGAACUCGUCGCAUAUGGGCUGAGUCACAAGGGCAGCGACUGGGUGACAAUACGUGUUCGAAAUGUCUCAACUGGGGUCGAUUUUCCUGAAGUUUUGGAGCAAGUCAAGUUCAGCAAUUUUGAGUGGACACAUGACAAUCAGGGCUUCUUUUAUGCGAGAUUCCCACCUACAUCUGCUAAGAAAGGUCGAACCGAUGGGACGGAAACUGACAAAGUGUCCAAUCAAAAGAUCUACUACCACCGAGUGUCAUCCGACCAGACGAAAGAUGUAUUGGUUGCCGAGUUUCCAGAACAUCCAAGCUGGCUUCUUGGACAUUUGACAGUAACACGAGAAGGAAAUUAUUUGUUGGUUUUCCCCUCAGAAGGAGCAUCCGGUGAAAUUCUGGUUUACUAUGCAAACUUGGUGGAACCUUUGAAAUCUGGAAUUAGAUCAAAGCUGACCCUUAUUCCAGUAGUUUCCAAGUUUGAGUCACAGUAUGAAUACGUGACCAAUGACGAGUCUAUCGUCUACUUUGUAACUAAUAAGGGAGCACCAAAUUACAGACUUGUUGGUGUCGAUCUAAACAAUCCAGAAGAGAAAUAUUGGUCAACCGUGGUUCCUGAAAAUUCCAAUCGAGUUCUCCAGUGGGCCUUCCCAAUCAAUCAGGACAAGUUGGUUUUGGGAUAUCUCGAAGAUGUCAAGAGCAAGUUAGAGCUGAGGUUUCUCGGAAAUGGAUCUUUUAUUCAAAACUUUGACGAAUUUUCCAUUGGAACCAUCAACUCGUACUCUGGACGGCGAGACCAUGAUGAAUUCUUUUUCAACUUUGUAUCUUUCUUGACACCGGGGCGAGUGUUCCGUGUUGAUUUAAGUAAAGGGCAGGUGCCCUACAGAGCUGAGGUGCAUACGGAGGUUGUGGCUCCUGGGUUGGAUGAAACUAAGUUUGUAACGAAUCAAGUCUUCUUCUCCAGCAAAGAUGGAACGAAAGUGCCAAUGUUCAUCAUUCAUAGAAAGGAUUAUGUUCCGCAAAAGAACUCUCCCACGUACAUUUACGCGUAUGGUGGCUUCAACAUCAACAUCCUACCGUCUUUCAACCCAGAGAGGGUCGCCUUUGUUCAGCAUUUUGAUGGGGUAUACGCCAUCCCUAAUAUUCGAGGAGGAGGAGAGUAUGGCGAAACAUGGCAUCAAGGAGGUCGCCUCCUGAAUAAGCAAAAUUCAUUUGACGACUUCCAAGCGGCUGCUGAAUAUUUGAUUUCGCACAAUUACACUGUUCCAUCAAAAAUUGUGAUUAAUGGUGGAUCGAAUGGAGGCUUCCUAAUUGGAGCGUGUGUUAAUCAGCGCCCUGAGCUGUAUGCAGCAGGAAUUGCUCAAGUGGGGGUCCUUGAUUUACUGCGGUACCAAAAGUUCACAAUUGGGUAUGCGUGGUGCUCCGAGUACGGUUGUUCUGAUGAUGGGAACCAAACGCACUUUGACAACCUUUACAAACUUUCUCCACUUCACAACGUGAGAUUUCCCCAAAAUGAAAAUGUUCAAUAUCCGUCCGUUCUUCUGAUGACUGGCGAUCACGAUGAUCGAGUGGUUCCACUUCAUUCCUACAAGCUUGCGGCUGAAUUACAAUACACAAUUGGAAGGUCCAGCAGACAGACAAACCCACUACUGCUCAAGGUUACCACUAGUGUUGGUCACGGCAGUGGAAAACCUACCAAAGUCAAGAUUGCCGAAUUUGCCGAUAUUUUCACUUUCCUGGUACAAGCCCUGGGAUUCACAUUCACUCCGUAGUUUAAAGAAUCAUUUUGGAUCACGGUGGUUUGCAGUACUCUGAAAAUUCAUAGUUUGAUGAACAAAUAAAAUACAAAUUUUAUUUAUUUAUUACCCAUUGUGACCCCAUUCAUCGCAACUAAAUAAACAUAACCUUGAACCUACAA